AUGUUGGAGCGGAAGGAAUUUUUAGGGACGUUAACUGCGGAUGAAGAGCGCAUGCUCGCUCGAAGGAGACGUGAGGCGGCUAUGUAUCUGCGAAGGCGGGCGCUUGCGCGCGCUCCCGAGGCGCAGCGCAUGGAGGCGCUGCGCACAGAGAUGAAGUCAAAGCAGACGGGCGGGCACCGCCCCGCAGUGGUUUUCAAGCAAGGGGUGGGACUUGACGCGAGUCGAGCCCGUGACGACGCGAGCGCAAGCGCGAGCGAUGAGUUUGGCAAGGAGGAGGAGGCGGAACGACGCCGAAUGGCCGAGGCAAGCAAGAUACGCUUUCGAGGCGACUCUUGGCCGCGUCGGCUGAGGGAUUCGUACUCGGACUCGUACAACUCGGAUUCACACUCCGAUUCGUACUACUCGGAUUCGUACACGGACUCGUACUCCGACUCUUAUUCGGAUUCGUCCGGAUACUCAGAGUAUUCGGAUGAGUACGCACCUGACGCCAAACGCGUUACGCCCGAGGAGGAUUCCGCCCUCGUGCACAUUCGAAGAGACGUUGACGGUCGCCCUCUCGUUGUGGGCAAAGAUUUGGCGUACCCCACUGAGGGUUUGCUCACGCCAGGGCUCGAGCGAUGGCAAGAGUACAUUGAGCGUGCCAGUGCGGCGGGCGCAAUGAAGGAGGAGCGCGACCGCGAGCGCAUAGCUCGUCGCGACGCCCAACUCCACGCCGCCAUUCGGAAACUCGAGGAAUACGCUGAGACGCACACACUCACGGAGCAAGAUGUCGAGAUUCGUCGCGAAGCGCUAGUCUCGGCGCACGAGCGAUGCGUCGCCGAAGCGGAGACUCGCGCGCGCAAUCGAGUUGAGCACGCGCGCCGCAAGCGCGCGCUCCUCGAAUCAGUCAACGACCCUUCAAAGCUCCUUCGUAAGUGGGCCGUGCGUAAAUCGAAGUACAUUUCACGGUAG